GUUGGAACUGCCCCAACCCAAGCGCAAUCGCAACCCAGCACGCCCAAGCGCAACCGGGGUUGGGGCGGAGGGCUGUCGGCGCCGAUUUCGGUUCUUUUUUUGUCAGGUUUUGAUAUUGUUGUUGUUGCAACCGCCCGAACCCAAGCGCUCAAUCACGGGAGCCCGCUCAUCCAAGGUUUGCUGCGGCCGGAAUCGCCGGCGUCGAGAUGCCCGGCGGCGAGGGCAAGGAUCCAGGGUCGCCACGCGCAGAGGAGCAGGAUGUUAAAGGAGAUGAUGAAGAGAAUAAGGGACGCAUCGAUCAACCCGAGGGCCCAACAGUUGAUAAAGAGAAGAAUGACACAACUGCAAGUCAAACCUUCAAGAUUGACGAAGAUACAGUGGAUGUCGAAAGCGAACAGUACCAUGGGAAUGAUGACCUAACUGAAACCGAUGUGUCCAACGACCUACUUUAUGCUGGAGUAAAAAAUUUGAUUGUGAAGAGCUUUAAAAGGAAGCAAAGACGGACCAUUGUACGAAAGGGGAGCAAAAAGAGACCAAGACUAACUGAAGCGACUUCACAUGAUGAUUUUGGCGAUGCAGUAUGUAAAGCAUAUACUAGGUGCAGCAUACCAUAUUUCUCCGAGGUCGCGAAUAGCAUUUGCAAGAGCAAGAACAAAGUGGACUUAAUCAGGUCUACUGGUUUUGGUUACAUGCUGGAGUUAGAUGAUUGUCUUGUGCCUAGGCCAUUUUCUCAGUGGAUAGCAGACAAGGUCAUUGUUGACGAUGAAGCAAUUUUCAUCAACAAGAAGCGCAUACCACUGAAUGCACUGGGUGUCCUGCAUGUUUUUGGCAUUCCGGCAGGGGACAUCAACAUUAGCAUGGUCGACGAUGCAGGGAAGUCAGAGUUCCUUGCAUUUUUCGGGCUCACAGAAGUGCCCACAAUAAAGUUUUUUGGCAACAAGAUUAUUGAACGAGAAGAGUUGUCUGACGAACAGCUCAUUCGUUGUUUCCUGAUUGUUGCCCUGUCAACCGUGUUGUGCCCAACUUCAAACACUAAACCAAGCACCAAGUAUAUGGGAUCACUAAUAGAUGUCAGUAAAAUCAGAAACCUAAAUUGGUGCAAGUUCACUCACAUGUGGCUGUUGCAAGCUAUUAGGAAGUAUCAAAAAGAGAAGACGAAGCAAAACCGCUUGACAUUGACACUAGGAGGCUGCAUAUACCAACUAGCGGUCCGCUUCCUUGACUUCACAGACUUUGGAGCAAUACAAGUACCAUCAAUCAUGCCAAGGAUAUGUCUAUGGAAAGGCAGUCUUGUCAAAAAUUUCAGUGAUAUGCUCAUAGACCAAAAUGGCAUGUACAGACCAAGUAAAAUAAAAGAUGAAUCUGAAACAUGCUAUGCUCAAGAGUCAUUUAGUUGGGCCAGCACAACGAAGAACUCAAACUUAAGGGCUGCUAUUGACAGAACAGCGGGGAAUUCUCUUCCCGAGGAGGUGAAAGAAGAGAUAUACACAUCAUUCCAGUUUUACAUGAAAGAUGAAAACGUAAGCACUUGCAUGAAAGCAAAGAAUUUGCUUUUAAAGACCCUGGAAUUAGUGACAUCAAGAAAUGGCAAUUCAGAGAAAACUUUGAAACUUGAGUCAUCCGAGAAGAGCCAUAAUACAGUGAGCAACCAACACUGGUCAGGAUCUACUGUAAAAGUAAACUCAGAUGGAGAUUAUGAAGAAGAUGACGGAACGACGACUCUACUUCGAAGGACUAAGAGGGUGAAACAAAUCAGUGAACAAUCACCUGCUUCAAUUGAAACUGAAAGAAUGAGCCAUGAGCAAGAAGUAUUCCAAGGAAAGAGUGAUGAAGGGGUUGAUGUUAUUGGGAGCUCAAAGUUAGAAGAUGCAUAUAAUCAAAUGGGCAAGGGUAAUGAAGAAUUUCAAGAACACAACAACAAAGAGACAAUAAACACACAAGAAGAAAUUCAAGAUCAAGUGAACACAAGCAAAUAUGAUACAGAGGCAGUGAAAGCACCCCAAGAAGUCAGCAUCGAAGAUGGACUAGGAAGAGAAAACAAGGUUACAGUGCAGGACAAGGUGCUAGAAGCGAAGAUCAAUGAAACAAGAGCAGCGAGCACGACAAGUUUUGAGUACUUACUUCUACCAGACAACACUGCUUUGUUACCUCAAAUUCAGAGCAAAGAAGCUGGGAAAGGAAAUGCAUCAAGUUUUUCCGGUUUCAUGAGCCAAAAGACAUCCAGUAAUGAACAUAUCUCCCAACAAAAAGACGACACCAACGUGAUCAACCAGCAACAGAAAGGGUCCUGCAGCAAAAUAGAUUUCGACAUAAAUGUCACAUUAGCUGCAGAUGAGGAUGACGCAAAUGACCAUGAAGCAAAUAAGCAUGUCAUAGAUAAUCCUAUAGGAAACGAAGACGAAUCCUGAAUUGAUUACUUGGAUAAAGCAAGGCAAAAGUACUUUUUCUAUGAUGAUGACACGCCAACUUGUCGUAUACUCGAAGAUAUGGAUGACUGAGGGAAUGAAAUAACUGAGCCUGAGCUAUGGCGUCCUGUGCACAUGACAACAAAGGAAUAUAACGAAAAAAUUGAGAAUGCAAAGAAAAUCAUUGUUCACCAGACAUUGAAAGAAAAGGAAUCAGGCAACUACCAUCAAGAGCAAGAGAUCAAGAGCUGCGAGUUUUCUGUACAUUGCGCGCAACAGCAACAAAGUGUUGGACAAAGAUGCACUUCACCAGACGGAGGAAUAAUUGACCUGACAUCACCAAACACAAGCAUUCGAAAUGAGUGGAACGAGCCGCAUACAUGCUAUUCUCCUAGGAAUAGGAACACAACUUACAAGACAACGACUACCAGACCCCCACGCACCAAACAUUUUUUCUCAGAAGCCACAAUGACAGGGAGAAUUCUGUUCCCAGAAAGAGCUAACAUUGAAUGCAAUUUAGAUGGGACAGAGGAUAACCCUAUAACGUUCUUGGAUCAUAACAGUGCAUCACCAGAGGUCCAAAUCCUCAGUCAAAGUCCUUUCAAAUAGUCCUGCAGUAACUUAGUUGAUAGAUCAGAUGAGCACUAUAACACCAGACUCUUCUUAGGGAGUACAAGCAGCUCUAGGGGCAAAGAAAAUAUACCACCUAAAAGGGUAGUACAACCAAGCAAAUUUUUGUGCUCGCCUUAUGACCAAGACAGGGGGCCCAUCAUGGAAUACGAACUUCAUCUAUAUCACAACAUCUUACUCCUAAGCGAGAAUAAUUACUACAAAGGGGACUACUGGGCAAUUGAGAUUGAUAAAUG